AUGGAUAAAUCCUUAACCUAUGUUGAGCACAAAGACAAGAUAUAUAAAGAAGCUAUGAGAAGAGUUAAACUCCUAUCACGCAUACGACGCGACAUCAGCCCAUUGGUUGCGCAGUCAAUCUACAAAACGAUGAUAGAGCCAAUCCUUUUAUACUGUAAUAAUCUAUUUCUCGGUGACACAGUCAGCUCGAUCGAAAAAUUCCAGAAAGUACAAGAACGAGCUUUCAAAAUUGCUUAUGGCAACAACAUCCAAAAUAAUUGGACAAAGUUGGAAAAAAUCCGAAACAGAUCUUGUGUAAUAGAAGUGUUUAAAUGUGUAAAUGGCUUGGCACCUCAAUGCUAUGAUGGCUACUUCCAAAGGCACUCCCAUGGAAAAGGCACCCGUUGA